CUGACGUAAAACAAAAAGAACAACACGUCCACUGUUUGUGUUAUUCUCAACCAACAAGAGAUGUGGAAGUAAUCUCAACAUGUCAGCCUCCAUUGCACGAGCGACAGUAAGAGCUGUGAGCAAACGGACUAUUUUGCCAAUAAGAGCCGCUUUAACGCUGACGCCUUCAGCUGUGAGUAAAGUCAAACAACUUUUACAGGCUAAGCCAGAAUAUAUGGGCCUCAAGGUUGGUGUUCGAACCAGAGGUUGCAAUGGCCUCACCUACACUCUUGACUACACCAAAGAGAAAGACAAAUCAGAUGAGGAGGUAUUGCAAGAUGGUGUAAGAGUUUUUAUUGAGAAGAAGGCACAGUUGACAUUGCUUGGCACAGAGAUGGAUUUUGUUGAAACUAAACUUUCCAGCGAGUUUGUCUUCAACAAUCCCAACAUUAAAGGAACAUGUGGUUGUGGUGAAAGCUUUAACAUAUGAACCUCUACCCUGAAAUAAAAGAUCUACACUAGCAGAAUAAGGAUCUUAUUUUAGAGAUCCUGUGAAUUUGUGGGUAAAGCAAAGAAAUUUUAAGAAACUGUCUAAUGCUUUGUGGAGCAUUUUGGCAUUACCUCCAGCUAAAUCAGCAUGGCUUAGAUAUUCUAUAUCUAAAACAAAAAAUAUUUUGUGAGUGUUUCUGAAUUAAACCAAAUUUUUAAUUUACUCACUUUUGUGUCAUUUCAAAACCUGUAUGACUUUCUCUCCUCUUUGAAACACAAAAGAGGAUAUUUUGAGAAAUUCUCAGUGGCUGAGACCUACAGUGUCCAUACAGGGAAAACAAGGAAGGACAAUAUUGUUUGGUUACAUUUUCGAAGUAUCCUUUAUGUUCCACAGAAAAAAGGUCAUACAAGUUUGGAAUGCCAUGAGGGUGAGUAAAGGGGAAAAAAAUUGGUGGUCGGUCCCUUUAACAGUCAACACUUUAAGCUGUUAUUCACUAGAAGUGUCCCCUGAGAUACAGCUUUGAAAUAUUGUUUUUAAUAAACUUGUAUGUCAUGUUUGCUUAUGGCACAUAGGAGUUGACAUUCAUAUGUUGUAACCCAGAUAAUGAGGCUUUUCCUGAAUGACUGCUGAAAGUAGUAUUAUAUGUGUGACCGUGACACGCAAAGCUUCAAUUACGCACAUUUAAUGAAUUGUGAAACAGUGUUUUUUAGUAAUAAUCUAAGUAAAAUGUAGAUUAAAAUGUAAGAAAGAUUUAAGUUUCUGGUCAGUUGAUCUACCUAUCAGAUAGUAAGUUAUAAGUUGCUGUGUAACAUGUCAGUUGAUGUUGUUGUAUGAUUGUGUACAUAAUGCAAAUCAUUUUAAAUCUUUUCUCUUUACAAACAAAUAAACGUCAAACAAAUAAACUCCA